AUGUACAAGUUUCGAUCCAUACUUCCUUCAUACGAGUUGACCUUCAUACGAGUUGACAUGCUUGUUGAUGGGGCUGUUGGUUCUUCAGGGGCAGAAGGAAUAAUGAGGCUCUAUGUCACUGGAUGUAUUUUGGGAGUAGGACUUGUUCUUUCACUUCUGAGUCACAGUAGCCAGACAGAAUCGCGAGUGCAUGUUUCCGCUUCAUUGCGAAAACUCUGCAAAUACCUGGACAACAGUGAGGACCAAAGCAGAUGGGUCCAGGAGGUACUUGCCUAUUCUGUGGCCUGUUCCUGUGUCUCUGCUUUCAGUGUUGGAAUUAUAGAAGCAGCUGAGGCUGAGGAGGCCAUGAACAAGCUACGGACCUUAGUGGAAAAUAAUCAGCAGACCCACGGUUUUGCUUUAGCUCUAGGUGCAAUAGUACAUGGAUUGUCAGCUUGUGGUCAUGGGAAAGCCGAAGACCUGAGUAACAGACUAAUGCCAGCCUGGAUUAAAAUCGUGCUUGCAGAGGGUUCUCCAACAAUGCAGCGUCUGGCUGCUGUCAGUGGGCUGGUUGCACUGGUGGGCUCUGAAGGAGGCAUGAUACAGCUGAAAUCUGAGAGCAUUCAGUCUUCCCAUUUUCAAAGUAAGCUGAAUGAAGUCAUCAGAACCCUUACACAGGUAAUCAGUUUUUCGGGGCAGAUUGGCCUUCAGGCAAAUGCAGCAGGACUUUUGGGACGCCUUCAUAUGUCCUGUUUGUCUUCUACCCAGAACAGGGCAUCCGUUCCUCCAGAUUUUAGCUACUUGCCUGAAAACAGCUUUAUCAGGGCAGCCAUUGACUUUGCCAUUGAAGGUGGAAAGAAAGGCCCUGAGUCUGUCCCAACUGAGCUGGUGAAAGUAGCACUGGCAACCAUUGCAUUAGUUGGAGAAAGCCAUCAGUAUCCACCUGUAAACUGGGCAUCCAUUCUUUCUCCGUUGAUGAGGCUAAACUUUGGUGAUGAGGUAAAACAUCUCUGCCUUCAACUGGCUGUGACACAAGCCCAGUCAUCUCAAAAUGCAGCAAUGCUUUUGGGGAUGUGGGUGGCACCUCCCCUUGUCUACAGUCUCAGUGUACGUAUGUCAGAAAAUUUGUGGGACCUCAGCGCCUCUUUCCU